AUUCUAUCCAGUUCUUUUUCUUCUUUUUGUUUUUUGGAAAGGAAAUUCUAUCCAGUUCAUAGUGUCAGAGAUUCAUAGCCUUGCUCUGAGUCCAAACGGCCAACGGAAAUCGUCGAGCCGAGCUUGCAUCGAUACUCUGCUAAUACCCACCCGAGGUCCAUGUUGUGUGCAGUUUCUGCCCCUAAAACUUGCAUAUCCUACCCAAGAAACCCUAUUUUUCGUCUGAGGCAUUCAGCUUCAGCGAGGCUUAAUGUAUCGGCUUCAAUUCACGAUCCCAAUGGUUUUAAAGUGGAGUAUACUCCGUGGCUAAUUGUCGGAUUGGGAAACCCUGGGAACAAGUAUCAUGGAACUCGCCACAAUAUUGGUUUUGAAAUGAUUGAUCACAUUUCUCAAGCACAAGGAAUUCUGUUGAAUACAAUACAGUCAAAGGCUUUGAUUGGCAUAGGUUCUAUUGGGGAGGUACCAAUUCUGUUGGCAAAACCUCAAGCCUACAUGAAUUUCAGUGGGGAAUCGGUUGGACCGCUUGCUGCAUAUUAUCAAGUGCCAUUGCGUCAUAUCCUACUGGUUUAUGAUGAGAUGAGCCUUCCCAACGGUGUAUUAAGGCUUCAGCAAAAAGGAGGGCAUGGGCAUCACAACGGAGUGAAGAGUGUGACGGAACAUUUGGAUGGUUGCCGUGAUUUUCCACGUUUGUGCAUAGGCAUUGGAGAUCCACCUGGUACCAUGGACAUGAAAGCGUUUCUCCUCCAGAAAUUCAGUUCACUUGAACGGAAUCAGGUGGAUGCAGCACUAGAACAAGGCGUUGAUGCAGUGAGGAAUCUAGUACACUAUGGCUUCAAUCGCUAUAUGACUAGGUUUAAUCUGGAACAGAAAUACAAGUAUCACAAGGUUUGACUACCAGUCCCAAAAGGGUUGCCAAAAGCGCAUAAGCAGCAAUUUAUCAGUUAUGUUUGUAGCACAAACUGUCGAUUUCUAUUGUAUCUAUCUAGAUUUUCUUGUUCUGUACCAUCUUUCUCCCAUUCUGAUAAUGGUGCUUUUGAAGUUAGUUCUUUGCACUGUUUUCUGCUAUGUGAAAGGUGAAAGCUCAAUUGUAUAUCUCUAUUCAAACAGUUUGUCACGAUUUGUAUUAUUACACAAAAACUUCGACAAAGGUGCUCUGAUAUGAGAAAUUUCACGAAGUUGCUCUGA